GCUGCAGUGGAAGUGUAUUUCACUUUCUUUUUCCGCUCCAACUCGCUGAUAAGAUCGUGCUUUCCGGAACCCUAACCCUACUUCUAUUUCUAUGUCUUCGAUUCUCGCAUCUUCUUCGCUAAGUUUGAACGCAAAGGGUUCUCUAUUUUGAUUUGAAUCUCAAGUUGGGGUUUUGGAGUGUUUUGCUGGAUUUCUGGUGCUUGGGGGGUUCUAUUGGUCGUGAUUGGUUGCCCAAAUGCCGGAAGAGGAUCUCGUGGAGCUUAGAUUUAGGUUGUUUGAUGGGACGGACAUCGGUCCCAUUCGGUAUUCAUCUGCUUCUACAGUUGCUAUGCUUAAAGAGCGGAUUAUCACUGAUUGGCCUCGAGAUAAGAAGAUUAUACCAAAGGUGGCUAAUGAUGUGAGGCUGAUAAGUGGUGGAAAAAUUUUGGAAAACAACAAAACUAUUGCCCAAUGUAAGCCACCUUUUGGCGAGCUUCCUGGAGGGAUUAUCACAAUGCAUGUUGUAGUACAACCGUCAUUGGUAAAGGCAAAAACAGAAAAAAAGAUUGACGAUGAGCCAAGGCAGUCAACUUGUUCAUGCUCCAUAUUAUAGCAUCCACGCCAUCUUCAGCUGUAGACUGGUGCUGCAGCUAAUCAGGAACUCGUCUUUGGUGUCAACGGAGAAAAGAGUCGGUGAAAGAACCCUGACAGAAGCUUGUCUGUCCUUGUGUUGUUGCAGCAGUUCUAUUAUGAAAAGUGAUGGUUCAUCCAUUUCCUGUGUUCUUAUAUACUAAUAUAUGCUUGAUCUUAUAGUUGUCCACUAGACCCAUCUCAUGAAAAGAAUGGUCUCUAGACUCGUAUACAACCAUAAAUGUAUUAUUUUUUUAGCUUGGAAUCUACACAUGUCCUUCAUAUUUGUUGUAUUUGAAUUUAUUUGCUCCCUUCUUUAUGUGAGAGCAGUGUUUCAUGUUCAGAGCAUUUGUUUGUAUGCCAUUUUUUUCAGAGCUUUUGUUUA